CAUCGAUACUAUCGAUAGUGCGUUCGAUGGUUUGACACCUCUUACCGUUACUUGAAAUUAAAGUGAAAAAUUCACGAUCAAAUAAUAAGAAAAAUGGCAUCAGAGGGAACUGAUAUGAAAGCAAUUUUCGCCCGUCUGAACUCGCUGUAUGGGAAUUUGAACGGAUCGUCGCCGCAUGGCGUGACAUUCCUUCAACCGACGCCAAAACAUUCUGGUCCGAAGAAAAAUAACAUGCAGGCCAAAAAGCAUGUGUCCGUGGACCCUAACAAUAAUUUGCAGAAUAUCGAGCCCGAUGUGCAAUCGAAGAAAGUCAUUAUUAAGACAUGCAUAUGCGAGCGUCCAGCGAAGGCCCUCGAGUGUGGCCGCUGCCACCAGUACUUCCAUGGGCGCAUUGCCGCCAUAUGCGAGAAGCAUCCAGCGGAGGCUUUCCUGAUGGACUUUCGCGAGUGCCCUUACUGCACGGCUCAUCAUGACAAGAUCAAGGUAUCUGAGCUGACCUGGGCUCAGAUCCGUAAGAUCGAGGACGCCGUACUGCCCAAUGAUGACCUCUAAACCGAGUUUGAUACUCGUUACCAGCAUAAUUAAUUUACAUAUCCCAGAAUGUAUCAAUUGUGUUUGAGAUUACAUACAAUACAUAUAUCUGUAUUCAAAUAA